AUGCUACAACGUAACCGCACUCUCACUGGCUCUGGGACCUGUCGCAGUCGCCAUGUAAAGUGUGAUGAAAGCCGUCCAAUGUGCCAGAAGUGUCAGCAGCAGGGUUUGAUAUGUCUGGGCUACGAAAGCCAACUAAUGUGGGCCAAAGACGGCCUGCAAGAUAGUCCUCAGAAUUUAGACCGGGUUUUCCGCCGGCCAUUAUUCUCUGUGGAGGACCAAGAGCGGAUGACGCGAAUGACUGUCGAUAGUCUCGGUCGGCAAUCCGCGACUGCCGCGUUGACCAAGCUAGAUGGUGAGCAUGGACGAGCUGAAUCAUGCUGGGAGCAUGAUUCAUUCCGAGGUCCUUUUGGAGUCCUGAAGCUAUCACUGAGCGUGGCAUCUCCAAGUGGCCACGAUGCAUCUCAGCCAGACCCGGCCGAGUCAUCCCAAGCGGACUGGGACUUCUUCUGGCCUCCGCUGGACUCUGCUCCUACCAUUGCAGAGGAUAACCAUUUGUUUGAUGGGCUCUAUGACAUAGCUGAAGAUGUGGAAGACGUGCCCAGAGCAGACCUGUCGUUAGAUGUUGACCCUAUCCCGAACAAUCUGGAGGUGCUAUUACCAGACGCUACUUCCCUCCCAAUGUCUCUAAUACCCAAUCCAUCCCUUGCACUGUUAAGGAGCAAGUAUAUUCCAUCACAGGCCCCUGCACUACUCCGAUAUUUCAAAGAGAACAUUAUCUCCCUAUCAUUCCCGUUGAAGAAUUGUCAGAAAUGUCCCUGGCAGGCAAUCCAUCUUCCCACCGCAAUGAGUACAUACGCAGAGCUCAGUAUCCACCAGACCGCUAGUCAUACGAGGCUCUCCCUAUUCUACUCACUGCUUGCCGCCAGUUGUCUCCAUAUGUUUUCACGCAAUCCAAAUGCCGUAGACCUGAACAUGUCGUCAAAGGGGUUCACACAAAUAGCCAAGCAACAUCUCGAGGUGGCCCUCAAUGAGGAAGUUCUUGGAUCAAGACGUGCCAAGUAUAAGGAGCUGUUAAUGGCUGUUCUCUCGAUGGUCAUGCUCUCGAUAUUCCACGGAGAAAAUUCCAAUGCUCAAGCCUUCUUAGUCGACGCGGAGUAUCUCAUUCGCAUACGAGGGCUACCCAAGCCACACAAGUCACUCAAAGUCCGCUCUCUUCACCAUGUCUACACAUACAUACGUAUCAUGGCUGAGAGCACGUGCGGCUGCGCACUCCUUGAUAUAUGCCCCGACCGCCCUAGUUCCAGUUUGCUUGCGAUUGAAUCCUCCCCUCUCUCCCUACGAAGCUUCCGUGUGGCGCAUGACAGCCUGGACGAGGAGAUUGAUCUCACCUUGGAGAAAAGCGACGAAGUUGGCCACAACGACAUCCAUUUGGAAGUGAUGGGCCAGUGGAAAGACACGCUCUACCCGGAUAUAUAUGGGAUUCCGGAAUCAUUGAUGAUUCUUCUGUCGCAGACAAUCCGCGUUGCCAACGAACGCGAGCUACUACAUCGCAACACUACGGUAGACACCAACGUACUCCAGGACCUGGAAAAACGUGCGAGCCUCCUUGAGCAGUACAUUCUAUCCUGGGAGCCACCAUCCCGCCCCCAGCCCUCCUUAAUACGUCACACCAUUGAGAAUAGCGAGGAUAGCGACCACAAUACAUCCCAGCUAUUGAUGCGAGCGAUGCACCAAGCCCUAAUCCUAUUCUACUAUCGUCGGAUUCCUAACAUAAGCGCUCUGAUUCUCCAAGAUACUGUCCGGAAAUGCCUGGAUUUCCUGCAGCGCAGUGACAACGCACGUGUGGAAAGCGUGUCGAAUGAUACAGUGAUUCUUUGGCCUGGCUUUGUAGCCGCCUGUGAGGCAUUGGAUCCCGACUUGCAACGCGGGUUACUAGACUGGUUGGUAACCACCGGUCAUCGUACAUCUCUCUCUUCUUUUUCGGCCGCAGCCAAGACUGCGCAGAUGGUUUGGGAAGCGCGUGACAAGGCUAAGGAUUAUACGCUGAGUUGGUUUGAUGUUAUGAAGCAUGAGCGAUGUCCGAUUAUUGCAACUUGA